AUGAUCGUGUAUUAUAAAGUAAUUAUUGUGCUUCUUUCCAUAAAAUCUGUGCAUCUUUAUUGUGGUCCAUACAAUGGACAAAUUUGCAAGCACUAUUCAACAGGAUACGUAUGGUACAACCAUACUGGAGGUCUUGAAAAUGAGAAGAUUACGAGUGGCCUGUGGAAAGAAAUGAUAUCCGCCUUGAAAGAACCUUGCCGCAGUAAAGCAGAAAAACUUCUGUGUGCCUAUGCAUUUCCUAAAUGUAUCGAUAAAGACGGAGUUGGUUACUAUGCUUUACCGCUUUGCUACGAAGAUUGUAUGGCGGUUAAAAUGCAAUUCUGUUACAAUGAUUGGAUUGUUAUUGAAGAACAAAAACGCCGUGGUGUAUUUUUUGAAUCAAGAGGUCAUUUUCGAUUUCCAGAAUGUGAAAAACUUCCAAAAUUCUCUGGUAAAGGCUCUCAAGUAACAUGUAAUAAUGCAGGUAUUACAGAAAUGGAUUACAGCCAGGUAACUACUACUUGCAUCAAAGGAAAUGGGCGAUAUUACCAGGGUACCAUGAAUGUCACUGAGACUGGGCUAGCGUGCCAAGCAUGGGAAUCUCAAUAUCCCCAUCAACAUACCCGACCACCUUUAGUAUUCCCAGAAGUUCAAAAUUCUACAAAUUAUUGUAGAAAUGCAGGUGGUGAAGAGCGAAAGCCCUGGUGUUACACAAUGGAUCCAAAUGUAAGAUGGGAACUCUGUGACAUACCUAUGUGUGCCAAUUUUAGUGAUGAAAUAGACAAUACAAAUGGAUCAAUUGUUAUGGAAAAUUAUUUUACACCUACAUUUGUUUUGUUGCUCUCUAUUGGGGGCCUUGGGUGUGUAUUAGCUAUAGCAUCAAUUGCACUGUUGUGUCACUAUUUCUUUAAAAAUCAUUAUUCUAAAUGUACCAUUUCUAAUCGAAGAAACUUACAAAAUGUCGAUAUCGAUUUAGAUAAGCUCCCAAGUAACCUGGCUUAUCAUACAACUGGUGCGCAACUUAAUCCUAAAUUGGAAAAAUUAGAGUUUCCUAGAAAUAACAUAAUUUAUAUUCGAGACUUAGGACAAGGUGCAUUUGGAAGAGUAUUUCAAGCAAAAGCACCUGGCUUAAUACCCGAAGAGGAAUUUACUUUAGUAGCUGUUAAAAUGCUCAAAGAUGAAGCUUCACAUGACUUGCAAUUAGAUUUUGAGAGAGAAGCUUGCCUGUUAGCUGACUUUGAUCAUCCAAACAUUGUUAAACUAUUAGGUGUAUGUGCAAUAGGACGACCUAUGUGUUUAUUGUUUGAAUUUAUGGGAAAAGGUGACUUAAAUGAAUAUUUGCGAGCAUGCAGCACAGCACCAAAUUUUCAACCAGCGGUAGAAAACAGAGAAGAUUUAAGACUUCUUGCCACUCCUCUUAACCACUUGGAUCUUCUCCAUAUUGCUAGACAGAUUGCUUCUGGAAUGGUAUACUUAUCAGAUAGAAAGUUUGUGCAUCGUGACUUAGCCACUAGAAACUGUCUUAUCAAUGAUGAUAUGGUUGUAAAAAUUGCUGACUUUGGUUUAUCCCAUAAAAUUUACUUACAAGAUUAUUAUAAAGGGGAUGAGCAUGAUGCUAUUCCUGUGAGAUGGAUGCCUUUAGAGAGCAUAUUAUAUAAUAAGUAUACUCUAGAAUCAGAUGUAUGGGCAUAUGGCGUAUGUUUAUGGGAAAUAUUUUCCUUUGCCCUACAGCCCUAUUUUGGUAUGACACAUGAAGAAGUUGUGAGAUUUUUAAAGGAUGGCAAUGUCUUGGCAUGUCCAGACAAUACACCUAGAUGUGUUUAUGAUUUGAUGAAACAGUGUUGGAAUCAUCACCCCAGUGAUCGUCCAAACUUUAGAGUAAUAUAUCAAACAUUGGACAAUAUACAAAUGAUACUUGAAAGAAGUCAUACUAAUUAAUUUGACUUAUUUAUUUUUAUUAAUAAAUUUCUAGUAAGCAGAUAUUGAGAUAAGAUUUUUAUUAAUUGUAACAAAUUUGCAAAAAUAUUUCAUCACUUUUUAAAUAGACCUAAAAAUGUGAAAAACCUUAGUAUGAUAUUAGCAGGUAUUUUGAUUAUUGUUCUGAAUAACAUUGUAUGAUUACAACUUUUUUCUGUGUAGAACACAAAAAUACUACAACUUGACACAUGUUUUAGUCAUAUGGCAAUUACAAUAAUGAUUUAAAAAAAAAAAAGCAAAAAAAUUUCCUAUCUGGACCACCUCUAGUGUAGAAACACUGUUUUAAGACAGUAAUUAUAAUUUGUAGAUAUUUUUAUAAUGUGCAGUUUUAUCAUAACAAGACUGAUUUUAUUUUAUAGUUCCUUUUAAUUGUUUUUUUUUUAAUUUCUUAAAUUUUCAGUUAGGCAUAUCUGAAUUUAAUAAAAAUUGAUAAAUAACAAUGAUGAUUGAAUUUGUCCGUGUAUGAUAUUUUAUUUAGUAAAUAUGUGACAAAAAAAAUUUACCAAAACUCACGUAAAAUUUAUGUUAAAUUUUAGGGAUAUUUAACUGCAUUGGCCAAAAAUUACAUAAAUUCAGCAAUGUAUGUAAAGUGCCAAUAAAAAACCUAACAGUAACUAGUUACUUUAAGAAUUUUGGUAUAUCUUUUAUACAAGUUUAGAAAUGUGAAACCAAAAACCCGAUUUUUGAUUGAUAAAUAAUUGUCUGUUUUUGAUAUAAUAUAGUUUUGUAUUUAAAAUAUAUAUAUGUUAGUACUUCAAAAUUAAAUGUGACAGUUAAAUCAUCUGCCACAGCAAGAAAUCAGAAAUAUAAUUCACUAAUUAUUAUUCUUCUAUGAUCUUCUAAUUAUAUAACUUUAUUAUGUUGUCUAAAGCUCAUAUGUUUUUAUAUAACUUGCUUAUAUGAUUAACUCAAUAAGCAAUCAAGCCAUCCAUUAAAUCAACGAUAAACUUAUGAUGACAAAUCACUGCCAGAUAUGUCCUUAGUGUAUUUAAUUUAAAAAUAAUUAUGUCGUUUAAUUUUAUGCCACAGUAUUUUGGAAUGAUGUAUUUUAUAAGCAUUAUACAUUUAAUUUAAUACAUUAUGUUAAUCUUUGUCGUUAAAAGUAAAUAAUUCCAUUUUUAA